CGCCAACCUUGAAACAACAGCGGCAGGCAGUGACUGAUCCAACACAGGGACAUUUAACACAUUAUAUUUAAAUAUAAGACACGCGAAAGAGGUUAAUAUUAAAAUGACAGAGGAGGAUAAUUUGGAUUUGUUGCUGUCCCUGUUUGCUGAGAGCGAGGGUCAGGGGCCGCAGGGUGCUGGAGAGGAAGAUGAUAAUCUGGAUGACCUCUUUGAUGGGGAGGAUGACAAUGAUGAAGAUCCUUAUGUUGAGCCAGAGGAGGAGGAGGAAGAAGAAGUGACACCUGAGAAAUCCAGUUCACCUGGAGGGCACAGUGAGCUAAAUAAAUCAAAAGAUGACCUGGAGGCUGAACUGAAGUUGAUGCAGCAGAAGAUGCAGAAUCUACAGCAGCAACUGGAGGCCUCACAGAAAUCCAUACAGCCCAAAAACAAACCCUCGCUCCAGAGCCGGUCAAGUGCUAAAACCAGUACACCACCCUGUGGUCUUUCCAAAAGCGCCCCACAAACACCCUCUCCACCAUCAUCAGAUGCCACAAUUAAAAAUAAACAGAGGACGGUCCUCCAACCCAAAAAAGCCUUCCCAGAAAAGCAUAUCCCUGUUGGUCAGGGCAUGAGCAAUUCUCAGCCAAUGAGAGAAAGCACAAAAGUAAACAGUACCCUGAAAUCACCUCCACCUAAUAAAAGUUCUCCUACUGUGCGUCAGUCCACGCCACGUCCAUCUGUCAGUCAACAAGUUGCUGUGGAGAAGUACUCUGGUCUUAGACUCAGGAAACCACGUCUUUCUUCCAUAGACAUUGAGCAAAAAAUGUCCAGCCGCAGGAUGAUCAGCCUCUCCCAGUUGCCCGAACGACUGACUAGGGACAAUUUAGAGGACAGUGACUGGGUCACUUUUGCAGUUGUGAUCAAUAAGAUCACCCCACAGAGCAAAAACAACGGAAAGACAUUCAGCAUCUGGAAAUUAAAUGACCUUCAUAACUUGGAUGUGAACGUGUCUCUCUUCCUGUUUGGGAGCGUUCACACGGAACUGUGGAAGACUGACACCGGAACAGUGAUCGGCAUUCUCAAUCCCAAUCCAAUGAAGAACAAAGAUGGUUCAAAUGAGGUCUGCUUGACAAUAGAUCACCCACAGAAGGUUCUUAUUAUAGGGGAAGCCAUGGACUUUGGCACCUGCAGCGGUAAAAAGAAGAACGGAGAUUCUUGUUCUCAGCUUGUCAACUUGUUUGAAUGCCAGUAUUGCCAGUACCAUGUCAAAGCCCAGUACAAGAAAAUGAGCUCGAAGAGGGCGGAGCUUCAGUCCAGCUUCACAGGCCCAGCCCCUGGCAAAGGAAAGGGGCGGGGCAGUUUAAAGGAGCGUCUGUGCCAGUCUGACUUCCACUAUGGAGGCAUGUCUUCGCUUGCCUGUGCACCUUCAGUGUCUGCCCCACAGCCAAAGAAACAACCCACAAUUCAGUCUGUUUUGGCAUCUAUCCCAACAAAGAAACUUGCUCUGAAUUCGGGAGAGGUUUUAGGCUGUUCUGAUGACUUCAAAGGCCUGAUGUCUAUGCCGUCACCAGGAGCGCUUAAUAUUAAGAAACAUUUAGGACAUGUAAAGAAAACAGUUGGGACAGGAUCUGCUGUUAAGUCCAUCACUGCAUCCGACCUCCUGAAACAGCAGAAAGAAGAAUAUCAGCAGAGACUACUGGCUCGCAAGAAGAGAGCCGAAGAGAUUCAGAAGAGAGUUCUGCAGAACAGUAGAGGUCCUGUUGUACCCUCACAGCCCGAUGGAAGCAGGGCUCCUCUUCUGUCCCCUAAAGCAGCCUCUGAGGUCCCUAAAAGAUCCUCCGAACCUAGGUCCCGUCUCGCAGCACCUCCCGUGCCCACGCUGGGCCGUGGUUUCUCAGAGGGGGAUGAUAUCCUUCUCGAUAUGUCUCCGCCUUCUUCAAAACACCUGUCAGCUGCAAAGAUGGCAGCAGUGAGGAAACUUCAAGCUAAAGGCUCAGCCAUUGUUAAAGACGACCCGAACGCUGUUAAACGCAAACGCACCAAAAGCGACGACAUCGCAGACAGAGUGGCACGAAAUCUAUCCUCGCCUAAAGAUGAAAACUCGCCUGGUGAGGAGGAGGAGCCAGCUCAGAAAAAGAAGCGGGAACAGUUGGAGUACAUCCAAUCAGAGGAGUUCCAGCGCAUCCUCAAUGCCAAGUCCUCAAACUCAUGGUUGAUGGGAGAGAUUGAGGAACAGGCCAUGCAAGAGUAUUUCGAGCCUCUGGUGCAGAAGGAGAAGAUGGAGGAGAAGAUGAAGAGUAUCAGGGAGAUGAAGUGCAGAGCCGUCACCUGCAAAACCUGUAAAUACACCCACUUUAAACCAGCGGACCGUUGCGUAGAGGACAAACACGACUACCACUGGCACGAUGCAGUCAAACGUUUUUUUAAAUGCUCGUGCGGGCAAAGAAAGAUCAGCCUGGGGCGAAUGCCUCAUGGAGCCUGCAGUCACUGCGGUCUCUUUAAGUGGGAGAGAGACAGUAUGUUUAAGGAGAGAAAGGGACCCAAAAUCGGUGGGGAUCUGCUGAUGACACGUGGAGAAGAACAACCCAAAUUCCUCAACAGUCUAAACUAGAGACCGUUUUCCCUGCCAAGGAUCUGAGAGGACAGACAUACUGAUGUGUUCAUUGGCAGAAAGUGAGAUGGGGACUGUAAGUCUUGGAAGUUUGAUCGUAACAAGACUCGAUGUUAAAUAUAGAUAAUGUUUUUAUUGAAUUGAUGUUUGUCUGCUGUCUGUGUGGAUUGUUUUAACCUGAGGUUUCAAGCCUUUUUAUAUAUAAAUUAUGUAUUUUUUGUUAUAAUUGUGAUAUUUUAUGUCAACUGUGCAAACAUCAAGUGGUGCAUCUGAAUUAAACACUGUUGAAUUGAA